CGCUUGCGCGGUGAAGGACGGUGGGUGUUGGCGCCGCCAUGAGGGGAGCUUGGUCUGGGGCCGCGCUCCUCGGCCGGGCCCUGCGGCCUCCGGGUGCGCGCAGAGGUUUUGCUGCCACGCUGGUUAGGAACUCAUACGAUGUCAGAAAUGUUGAAAUCACUCCCCCGGAGCAGAGGAAGGUGACUUUUGAUACUCACGCUUUAGUGCAGGAUCUGGAAGCCCAUGGCUUUGGGAAGGAACAAGCAGAGACCAUCUUGAGGGCGUUAGUAAACCUGUCGAAUGUCAGCUUGGACACAGUCUAUAAGGAUAUGGUUACCCAGACUCAGCAGGAAAUAACUUUGAAGCAGAUAAUGGCACAUCUGGACUCCAUUCGAAAAGACAUGGUAAUCCUGGAGAAAAGUGAAUUUGCAAACUUGAGAGCUGAGAAUGAGAAAAUGAAAAUUGAAUUAGACCAAGUCAAACAGCAGCUGUUGAAUGAAACGGGCAAGAUCCGAACUGACAGCAAGCUGGACAUCAACCUGGAGAGGAGCAGAGUGACAGAUAUGUUCACAGAUCAGGAAAGGAAGCUGAUGGAAGUGACCACAGAGUUUCACAAAAAAGAUGCCAGUACCAACAGUGUUAUCUCAGAAAUCAGUAAUAAGAUUGACACUGAAAUAGCUUCCUUAAAAACACUCAUGGAGUCGAAUAAACUUGACACAAUACGUUAUUUGGCAGGUUCUGGAAAUAGAUCCACGUGGAAUGACUGCAUCACAGAGAUGGAGAAAAGGCUACACAGGCAGCAUCAGUUGGACAGUGGUGUUUGCACUGUAGAUAACCUUGGUACCUUUUUGUUUUGAUACCCUUACUGUGCACUAUUUGCUGAAUAUGUAAUGCUAAAGAUCAAAGUAAUUGGGAGGGAAGUAGCCAAACAGGAAUACUACAUUGUCCUUCAUGGAAUACUGUAUUUAUUUCCAAGGAUGAUUUAUGCUAAAGCAGAAAGUGUUUCCUGAUGUGUUUUAGGAUUAAUUUUGUUUUCUUUUUGGAACAUUCUCAGUGGAACAUUCUCACUCUCACCUCCUUUUGGAAUGGAAAUAUUAAACAUUUGAUCUGCCCUUGAACUGAGAAUACCUUUCCCGUGUUAGUAUUCCCAAUGUGGGAACACUAAUGCCAGAUUCCACAGAUCUUCUCUGAUCCAAAUAUAAAUUGGAUUUUUGCCUUCAAUCUGUUCCUCUCUUCUGACAGAUUGGAGCCUGGCCUUUUGGGGUUUUUAAUAUAUGUAUAUAUAUGUAUAUACAAACCCACACUGCAGCGGCCUUUACUAGAGAAUCCCUGUUUUUUUCUUGAGAGCUGGUUUACAUAUAUUUCAAAUCUCAUGUAGAACUAAAAUGCCUUCUUAGAUUCGGGGUUUCUUUAGCAUCUCUUGCAAUUUCCGUAGCCCCAGAGGUCAACAGAAUGGGAGAACUUCUCUGUGUCUUUCCAGGGGGAAACCCCUCUGCUCACAGCAGCCCUGGGGCAGAUUAAGUGCUCUUAACUCCUCCCUUCAGGUAGUACAGAGUAUUUCCAAUAAACCCUGGUGUAUGUUCUGGGCAUAGGAUCUGGCUUGUAACACAGAAAUACUCAGCAUCCCAGUGGUGUCCUCCUCCUCCCAUCUCCCCUGGACUGUCCUGUGAUCCCGUGGGAUGUACUGCCUCUCCUGCCUCCUGGUGAUGAUUCCUCUGCCUCCUACAAGGACUUCACACCUCUCACUGCAGAGCUGGGGCAUAGCUGGUGGCUGCCUUCCAAAACUGAAGCGUGCAAGUUGGGUUGGAAAGGAAUUCUAUGGGAUAGAAAUCCCAGAGAUUUUGCAUCUGGAGUGCAAAUGCAUGGACUUGGUUUGGGUCUGCUAAUAAAAUAGGAUUUAAAAACCAGCAUUCCUGGAUUGCAUUUUUAAGAGUAGGUCCUUUAUGGGUUACUCAGUGUGUAGUGAUUAGUGGCAAUUCAUUUUUAUUGCAGUAUUGGUCUGCAGUUUAACUCACUGGUACCCUACCAAGGAUUCUCUGCUGUGCAUUAAAUUAUUUAUCAUCUUCAGUUAAGAAAAUAAAAUCAGUUUCUUAUA